CACGCUCGAAUCAGCGUAUGUACAUAUUUACAACGGGACAUACAUAUUUAUGAAUGUACUUGCGGGCAUUCUGACUUCUCGGCACUUGAAUAAAACGUAAGAAAGAAAGUGCUGUGAAAAGCAAAUAUUCUUCGAUCGCGAGGCAAGAACAUUGCUCGUUUCUGGUGCUAAAUAUAAAAAUAAAAAAAUCGUGGAGCAUUUUUAUUUUAGCUUAAAAUAAAAUACAAAAUAUUUAAUAGUUUAAAAGCAAUUUUUACUGAAAUUAAACCAAAGACAUCGUAUUAGAAGUAAAAUCAUGUUUUUCCUAAUGUUCUAUGUUAUAACUGGCAUAUUACUAGUAGCAAUAGUCACAUCCUACGCUAUAAUCAUUCUAAACUGCCAGAAAAGAGCAAAUGUCAGCAUAGAAAAUACAAAUUCGAUAAAAGUUAAACGCAAGCUUCUACAAGCACCUGGUCCACGUCCUUGGCCGAUUAUCGGAAACUUAGAUAUAAUUGGUCAAUUUAACAAUCCGUUCCAGGGUUUUGGAGCAUUGACAAAAAGCUAUGGCGAUAUUUACACUUUAACACUAGGUCACACGCGUUGCCUUGUCGUUAAUAACUUCGAGUUAAUAAAAGAGGUCCUGAAUAAGAAUGGAAAGUUCUUUGGUGGGAGACCAGAAUUCCUGCGUUACCACAAGCUCUUCGGAGGUGAUCGCAAUAACUCUCUUGCCCUUUGCGACUGGUCACUGUUACAACAGAAACGCAGAAAUUUAGCCCGACGACACUGCUCGCCACGCUCGUCAUCAUCAUAUUUCGCAAAAAUGUCUCGAAUCGGCUGCAGUGAAAUCACUAACUUACUGGAUAAUUUGAAAGCCUCCGUCGAGCCUGGCAAGCCCUUUGAUUUGAAACCACUCAUACUUAAGGCAUGCGCCAAUAUGUUUAGCCAAUACAUGUGCUCAAUUCGCUUUGACUAUGAAGACAAGGAGUUUGAGCAAGUGGUGCAGUUCUUUGAUGAAAUUUUUUGGGAAAUUAACCAAGGCUAUCCACUAGAUUUUUUGCCAUGGCUCUUACCAUUUUACAUUAAUCACACGCAAAAGAUAUGCCAUUGGUCUACCACUAUUCGGAAAUUUAUUUUGGAACGGGUUAUAAAUCGGAGAGAAAUCAAUAUCGAUGUAGAUGAGCCAGAUGUCGACUUUACAGAUGCACUCCUCAAGAGUCUUGUUGAAAAUAAAAACGUGUCACGCAACACAAUUAUUUUCAUGUUGGAAGACUUUAUUGGAGGUCACUCAGCGGUAGGAAACUUAGUCAUGCUAUCUCUCGCCUACAUCGCCAAGGAUCCUCUGAUUGGCAAGAAAAUUCAAUGCGAAGUCGACUGCAUAUCGAAAAACAGUCAAAGAAGUAUUAACUUGCAUGAUAUGGAUAAAAUGCCCUAUACCAUGGCAACUAUAUUCGAAGUUUUACGGUACUCAUCGUCUCCCAUAGUACCCCAUGUAGCCACCGAAGAUACGCAAAUAUCAGAUUUUGGCGUGACUAGCGGCACCAUUGUUUUCAUUAAUAACUAUAUGCUCAACAUGAGCCAGAAGUACUGGAAGGAUCCCGAUCUAUUUCAACCCGAAAGAUUUUUGGAAGAAAAAUCGAACAGCGCCUCAACACCAGUCAUAUUUCACGGCAAGCGAAGGUGCUCCGAAGAAUCAGAUUCAGGUAUUGAGUUCGAGAAGGAAGCAAGAAUAUACAAUUCAUCUAUUGACAAUCGAUAUGCUGAACAAGAUAUUAAAAACGACCCAGAAACUGGCAAAUUGCAACUUAAAAAAAAUAUUCCCCACUUUUUGCCUUUUAGCAUUGGCAAACGCACAUGCAUAGGCCAAAAUUUGGUGCGUGGAUUCGGAUUCAUAUUGAUAGCCAAUAUUUUACAAAACUAUAAUAUAAAUUGCAGUGAUCUUGAGGCGAUUAAGAUAAAGCCAGCUAGUGUAGCAUUACCUGCGAAUUGCUUUCCCCUACUGUUGACACCUAGAGCAUAGAGUUUGAAUCAAUGAUAAUAAUAAUGGUUGAAAUGGUUGUAUCACUAAAUUAUAUUAUUUUAGACUCCAAUUGAAUUGCAUUUCGUAGCCUCUUGAGAUAAU